UUCCACACAGGAAUGUUAUGCUCGUGCACAAAUGGGAAGGUUUAAAAUGGAGGCCAACACACACGCAAAAGUUUGACAGCUGGGUUUGUUCGGAAAAAGAGGAUGAGGCGCGCAGUGGGGAAAAGAACACAACGGGCGAAACGGGCAAGCGUCAGCGCAAUUGUCACAAUGACUGUCAACUAGUGGAGCAAAAAUACGCCAUCGCGGUUGCCGAGGUAAGAGCACUUUUGUUCCGCCGCUGCUUUCCGGAAUUUCUUUGUUCGUUUCGCGAAAAAUUCGGCGUAAAAACCUACGCGCCCAACGCACCAACGGCAAAAGAUUAACGUUGUGUUUCUUGCGCUGAUUGCGCGCCCG